GGGUUGAGGAUAUAUCACUACGGAUCCUAAUCUACUCAAUCAAAGUCGGGACAAUGUAUCUUAUCAUCAAUUAUCAUUAUGGGCGAAGAGUCAGUUAAGAUGACGAACAAGCAUCUCUUCCUUACUUCAACUCAACGCUACCAAGCACUCCUAUCUCGCGAUCCUCUGUCGCAUUCUUCAUUCAUUUAUAGUGUGAUCACGACCAAAAUAUAUUGUCGUCCCACUUGCCCUUCACGUCUCGCACGUCGUGCGAAUAUUGUUUUCCAUGAAACUGCGGAAGAUGCGGAGAAGGAUGGAUUCAGGGCUUGCAGGAGAUGUCGGCCUGACAUUGAUGAAUCGCGGGUCAAGAAUGAAACAGAUCGGGGACCAAAGCGAAAGAAUAGCGCUUCUCCGAACGUAAAAGUCAGAUCCAACGCUGAUGAUUUAGGUGAAAUGGGAAGGGGUAGAAGGAUGGUCGACACGGCCAUGAGGUUGAUUGAGAGCGAGCUGGCGAAUGGUGACCAGAAAUGGACGACAAAGAGAAUGGCAAAGGAAGUAGGACUGACCGAAAGUCACUUCUGUAGGGUAUUCAAGAGAGAGACAGGUGGAACUUUGGGAGAGUACAGGGCCAAACUCAUCGGGCAACAGUUGGUGGAAAUGACCCAGGGCAAUGAGAUGACUGACGGUUGGAAUUUACUCGCGGACACUGAACUGGUGUUCAAUUGGAAGAAUUCCUGGGAUGAAAUUGGCGACAUGAACAACUCAGAUACCAAAAUUUCGUCUCUUGGUAUUCACUCGACCAGCUUAUCUGACAUUCAUGUAGACGAUGGAAUGGAAUUUUUGAACCUGGAGUGCUGUGGAGAUUGAUUGAAAAUUCAAAUCGCCUAGGACCGACCACAAACACCUAUAUCAUGAGUAUCCAUUCUUCCGAAAAAUCACAAUAUCAUUUUUCGGAUUCGGACGAUUUCUUUCAUCGGUCUUUUUCUUUAAGUGUCAGAUGGACCCAAAUGGGAACAGCAGAACUUCAAUUUCAACCAUGUACCGGCAAUUGCUAGCAUAGAUUCGAGGUUUAAACGUCAGUAUACAUUGGCUUGAAUCGGAUCCUAUAUAUUACCA